AUGAAAUUCUCAAAAUUGCUUGAUCAAGAAUCGGUUCCAGAAUGGAAAAAAAUGUACAUUGACUACAAAGAGCUCAAACGCAUUCUCAAAGAUGUAGCAUACUUGCACAAAUUCGGAAAGGGCGAAAGUACAUACAGCUACGACGCUAUAGCCUACAAAGAAGAUGUCAAAUCUCUUCCCCCACUUGACCAGUUUUCUAUACAGAAUGAUGCGACAAUGGAUGAUAUUAUACCAAAGAUGAACAAAUAUGAACAAAAGUUCUUCGCCAAAUUGGAUAAAGAACUAUCAAAGAUAUGGGAGUUUUACGAAAAUAAUGAGGAUUAUGCUAACGAAAGACUAAAAGAGCUUAAAAAAGCAUAUAGACUAUUAAUGCAAGAGCACAAAAAGAACGUGAUUGAAAACGAACCAAACGUAUUUAGGCCAAUGAGCAUUUUGAAUCACGGCGUGGAUCACCACCCUGGCAAAAAGUAUGAAGUUGAACAUGAUCACGAAGUCAGAGUUAUCACUUCUGAAGGACAAAGAAAACCAGUACCUAUGAGUUACAAUGCAGCAAAGAAGAGAAUAAAACUGGGAGUACUUGAAUUCUAUCGAGGGGUGCAAAUGCUCAAAAAAUAUGCCCAACUUAAUAAAACUGGGUUUGAGAAAAUACUUAAAAAGUUUGACAAGAAUUCAAACUGGAAAGUCAGUCAAAUUUAUAUCCGCAAAGUAAAUGCAACAAACUUUAACAAUUCCAAAACGCUUGAUAACUUGCUUGAACAAACCGAGUCGCUAUUUUUGACUGCAUUUGCAGGCGGUGUGAGAAAGCAUGCCAUGGAUACGUUACGAAUGCCGGAUAAAGCAAGAAAGGCAAGAUCUAUGUCAUCAAAUAUGAGAAUCAUUAUGAGGUUAUACCUUGGUCUAGCAAUCGUUCUGUGUUUGCGUGGUAUACAACUAGCUUUAGAUAUGGUUAAUUUUGUUAAUGUAAAUACAGGUGAAAAACUCUGUUAUCUAAAGAAUUCUGACGCAUUAAGCCAUGACGAACAACAGAUUUUUUAUAAAUUUUGUGACUGGAAUCUGUUACUUCAAAUAUACUUGGGUAUUUUCCUGCCAAUAAUGCUAACAUUGUUGGUGGGAAUCAAUGUGGUAGUAUGGUCGAAAUUAAAGAUAAACUAUAAACUCAUCUUUGAUUUUGAUAUUAGAGAUAAUGUAGAUUAUCGUGAAUUUUGGGAAUUUCGCAUAUGUUUGCCAUUUGUCUAUGGUGUCGAAUUUCGUGACUUUUUUAUAGCUGAUGAAUUAAGUAGCUUAUCAUAUACCUUUUCUUUUCUUGCAACAAUUGUGUGCGCAUUUGAUGAUGAUUGGACUCCAAAGGAUAAAGGCAGCAUACCUGCUUUGUUACGCUUUUUUCAGUGUUUGCAAAGGUGGAUUAAGACAGGAAAGGCAAAUCCUCAUCUAGUGAAUGCACUGAAAUAUAUUACUAUAGUGAUACCUUUUUGGUUAAUUUAUGCCAAGCGACUUGAAGUAUCACUUAUUUUCUGGUACAUAAUACAUAUUUUUAAUGUACUUCUUGCAAUUUUGUGGGACUUAAUUAUGGAUUGGGCUCUCCUCCGGGUUUGGUACGUACCAAAUUACGGACUUCGAGAAGAUUUGGAAUAUAAACGCAAGUGGGUGUACUACUCUGCGAUAGUCUCAAAUAUUGUGAUGAGAUCUUCGUGGAUAUUAGUAUCUCUCUUUGACAGUAAACUAUUGGGCGGUGGUUUAGCUUUUAUGGAGAUGAUUCGUCGUUUUCAGUGGAAUUUUUUCCGUGUUGAAAAGGAGCAUGUGAACAAUAUUCUUAACAAAAAAGCGGUCAAAGACAUCAACAUACCGUUCGUAAUAUCCAAAGACAACCGCCAUUCGAUCGGUCUUCAAAUCCUAAAAAUACGCCCUGAAUCCGUUCCCUUGGAUCCAAGCAAUAGUCGGCAAUCUUUACAACAACGUCUUAGCAAUACAUUUGCUAACUUUACGCCGUUUUACAAAAAUGCAGACUUUUAUGAUUAUACUACUCACCGUGACAAUGAACAAAGUAUAG